GACACACUUCCACUCGCCGGCUUUCGAUGUAGAGAAAACGGGCGUGGAUCUGAAGCGGCACAUUCGAAGUCUUCAGGGCGAUAUGGUGGUGCUGGACGACACACUCGUGGAGAAGAUCUACUCGGACUUCGCCACGCUACUGAACACGGAGGUUGAGCUGCAGGAGUUCCUGAGCUUCUUGCCAGUACUGCGUGGCGGGUUGCAGACCAUCGCGCAGGGCAUCUUCCACCCGUCCAUCAGCGUCAAGCACAACACUGUGGUGCUGCUGAAGAGGCUGGAAGAGUUCCCGUCCACUGCCUCGAGUAUGCAUCGUCUGAACGCCUUCCUGCUGAUGUCGUACCAGCGGAUCCACGACAUUGUGAAUCCAGACUCGCGGGGCUGAGGAACGCAAACGAAGAGAUCAGUCGAAUGGCAAACAGAGUGGGAUGUCAUGAAAAGUACACGCGUCGUAUUGAGCCUGUUA